AGUAAUGGCAGAAGGAGAAAGCAUGCAGAGGAGAACAGCGCAGAGUGCGCAGCCGCUGCGCCCGAGGGCGGGAAUGACGCCGGCGCUGUUUUGAAAGCGUUAAGAAAAUGGAGCCCCCCUCGGAAGCAAAGUAAAAAAAUAAAGCAGAAAAAGUGUCCCCAAGAAGGCGACUUUCUUCUCCCAUUCACAUGUGCUGCCUCAGAGAGAGAGAGAGAGAGAGAGAGAGGUGGGUUUUGGAGCUCGACUGAAGGGCAAUGAACAGUUUUGUAGCCCCAGCAUGUAUAAAAGAUAGGAAAUUGAAGGAAAAAAUGGAGCGAGAAAGAACAACCCACGCCGAUUUCGUGUCUUCUGACAUUCCUUUCAUCCGGAAUUGUGUGUUCUGCAAGGCGUAAAUUUUUGGGAUCUUGAGCUACUCUGGAAUUGGGGAGGUGGUGGUGAACUAUGCAAGCAAGGUGCUGUUGAUUCAUUUGAUGCUUGACAUUGUAGAAUGGACCCUCGGAGUUGGCUGUGGAAGCGCAAAUCACCAGAGAAGAGCCCUGGUGAGACCGAGAGUUCGGGAUCAGUAUCCUCUCAUUCUGAGAGGUACUCGGAUGACCAGGAAGGCUUAAGGGCUUCUCCAAAUGAUACUUCAAUCCAUGCUGAUUCGCCAGAAAUUUCAUCCAAUAACUGUGAUGGUGAAGUUCAUGAAAGUGUGAAGAGAUUGACCGAGAAACUGUCAGCUGCUCUUCUGAACAUCAGCGCCAAAGAGGAUCUCGUCAAGCAGCAUGCUAAAGUCACAGAAGAAGCUGUUUCAGGCUGGGAGCAGGCAGAAGCUGAGGUUGCAGCUCUAAAGCAGCAGCUUGAAACUGCAGUCCAGAAGAACUCCGCCCUUGAAGAUAAUAUUAGCCAACUUGAUGGGGCCCUAAAGGAAUGUGUCAGGCAGCUCCGUCAAUUAAGAGAAGAGCAAGAAGAGAAAGUUUGUGAUUCCAUCACUAAGAAGACACAUGAAUGGGACUCCGAGAAGCAGGAGUUUGAGAAACAACUCGUGGAACUUAAAACACAGCUUGAAGAUGCAAAGACUGAAGCUGCGACACUUGAUCAUGAAUUUCAGGCAAGACUUGAAGCUGUUGAGAAAGAGAAUAUGGCUCUGAAGACCGAGCUCCACUCUCGAUCUGAAGAUCUUCAGGUUUUAUUGCUAGAGAGAGAGCUAAGCAAUAAAGCAGCAGAGACUGCAAGCAAGCAACACUUGGAGAGUAUAAAGAAGGUUGGUAAGCUUGAAGCUGAAUGCCAUCAAUUACGGAGUAUAAACCGUAGGUUAUCAUCUGUAAGCAAUCACAAGCCAAUUGCUAGCUCAGUUUGUGUCAAAUCUCUGACUGAUAGUCAAUCAGAUAGCAGUGAGCGGUUGAUUGGUAUGGAUAGUGAACAUGGCUGCUCAGACUUAUGGGCAUCUGCUUUAAUUGCUGAGCUUGAUCAGUUCAAGAAUGAGAAGGGUAGUUCAAGAAACCUCACCACGUCUGUAGAGAUUGAGCUUAUGGAUGAUUUCCUUGAGAUGGAAAGACUUGUUGCUUUGCCUGAGAUUGAUCAUGGAAGCUCUGGCUUUGGAGCAGAAGCUGAUUCCUUCCAAGUUGUCAGGAGAGACAGCCCUCCGAGGGUUGAAAAUGAAAUUCUGCAUCAUAGAUUGAUUGAGUUAGAAGAGAAAAUUGAGAGACUGGAACAUGAAAAAGCGGACUUAGAGAUAACUUUGGCUGACUCACACAAUCGGCUGGAUAUGUCUUGCAAUCUUCUGACAGCAGCUGAGGAUAAGAUAGUUGAACUGCAGAGAGAGAUAGAUUUGGCAGAUGAAUCAAAAGAAAUGGUCAGAAGUGAAGCUAUGAAUUUGGAGGGAAGGUGGAAAGAAUUGGAGACUCAGCUAGAGUCAGCCUCCUCGGAAAAUGUAAAGCUCUAUGCGAGGGUAUCUUUGUUGGAAGAAAGUUUUGAGGCUGAGAGAGCAUUGUCUGAUGAACUUAACUCUACGAUAAAGAUUUCUGAGGAUGCUAGACAGGCACUGGACUCUCAGCUCAAGUCAGCACAUCUGGAAGCCAGAAGUCUAAAUGAGAAAGUAGGACUAUUAGAAUGCCAGGUUAAGGAGGGAAGGGCAUUGUCUUCAGAAUUAGCAGCAAAAGAAGAGGCUUUUGAGGCAACAAGAAAGGCAUUGGAAUCUCAGCUCGAGCAUGCAAAUUCAGAAGUUCGGAUGCUACAGGAAAAGGCUAGUUUCUGGGAACUAAAAGCUGAGGAGGAGAUGAUAUUAUCUGCUGAAUUUGCAAUUAAACUAGAAGCCACUGAGGCAACAAGAAAGAAAUUGGAGCUUGAUCUCAAGUCAGCACACGAAUUUGCCACCGAAGUAGAGGCUGCGGAGACAGCAAAAAAGGCACUGGAAACUCAACUUGAAUCCGCACAUAUAGAAGUUGUGAAGCUGAGUAAAAAGGUAGUCUUGUUAGAAAGGCAAAUUGAUGAGGAAAGAGCAAUGUCUGCAGAAUUUGCGUCCAAGUGUCAUAAAUUGGAGGAUGAUUUGUUGAGGAUUAAAAGAGAAGCUGAUCUUUGGAGCGUUACAAACUCCAACCGAGAACGGAAGAUAAAACAGGAGAAAGAACUCGCUCUGGCUGCUGGUAAAUUGGAAGAAUGCCAGAAGACAAUAGCCUCUCUGAAUCAACAGUUAAAAUCAUUGACAACUUUGGAUGACUUAAUGUUCGAGGCUGUGCAGCCCGAACAUAACAUUGGCUUGGCAAAUCUUAGUGGUACCGAAGCCGAUGAUCUCUAUCACAUCGAUUCUUCAGAGGUAAUUGACAGUUUUACUAUUUCCAAUGGCAGAGAAAGGAGCUCACCUCAAUCUUCUCCGCGCUCUUUGCUUUCUCCUUCAUCCUCAAAUCUGUCCGAGUUUAUGAGAACAUUGUCUUGUAGCAGAAGCACCACUCUUUAGGUCGAAUAGGGGAUGAAAAUUUACAAGUUUAAACAACUUUGCUGUUCAAUAUAUAGCAAAUGUACAUCAAAGAGCUGGUGGUUACUGGUUUUUUAGGAUGCAAUCAGCAGUUGAUGGUUCUUCCUUUUUAUUCGGAAUGCAAGUUAAUUAGUUUGCGGUGAUU